AUGACGAACGAAACGGAGGGCGCCGACAAUGACGUGGCAGAGCCAACAGUAAGCGACAUGAAGAGUCGAUUCUUGAAGAGGAGAUCGAAACAGAACUCAGAAAGCGAGUACCAUCCAAGUCAUAAGAAAAGAUCUCUCGCAAUAAUUCCUGAUCACGUAGAGGGAGUGUCUUCAGAAGAUGAUAGAGAAUAUCUAGUCAUGGCUUCACCUACAGAACAAUUAGACGAACGAGACCUCAGUCGACUGAAACAGGCGACUACUCAUUUACCUGAUGAUGUGGUGCUCCAAGUGCUGUCUUUCUAUGAAUACGACGUCGACACGACGAUAAAUGUUACUCAACAAAUGCACAGUCCGGAUAUGAUGCCACAACUUGUUAAGGACUUCGUCGUGGCGAAUAUUGCAAUCGAAAGACACGAACGUCUGCGAAAAAACCACCAACUCAAAGAGUUGUACUUCAAAAAACAGCUGAAACAAUCAGUCGAUACGAAGACAAUCAUCGAUUUUUAUUACUCGGAAAAGAACAAACUGCAUGGAAAUUGGCGGCUAAACACAGUUGAUGAAAUAGAAACACCUGAAGAGAAGGAGCGGAUGGAAGAAAGAAUGAAGGCAACUGGGUUGAGAUUUGUGACAAGAGAACCAUCUGUUCCAAAGCAGUCAAUCAAAUCAACUCGGUCAUCAGCACGUGUCAAAUAUCAGGAACAAGAAGUGAAUGGUUCAAAUGGCACUCCGGAAACGAGCUCGUCCUCUAGUAGUGAACCAUCAGAAGCUGGCACGUCUUUUGCUACACCAUCCACGAGUCAGCCACGAAUCAACUUGAGGAUUCGAUUCAAUCCGGCGAAACUGAAUUCUUCGAAUCCUGGAAUUACUAUUUCUACUUCUCCACGGUCACCAGUAUCCGAAUCGCUACCAUCAACUUUAUCGGCGCCGCCUUCAGCUUCGGUUACUACUAGAUCAGCAUCAUCGUCCCCAAAAAAGAAAAGAACGUAUUCGAGACGGUCGCUUGAACAACAACGGAAUGGUCCAAAAAAGACAUAUCCAACACGGAAAUCACGGGAUUAG